AUGCCAGAGACAACGGUGGUGGAGGAGGAUGAAAUAAGAAAUAAAGUGGAGGUUGAUCUUAAAGCCUCCUUGUUAGAAAUGAGAAAUGAAUUUGGGGCUGAGGUUAGAACCUCCAUCCAGGAAGAUAUUAGCAACGUAUUAAGAGAUAAUAACAAAUCAAGAUCCGCAAUAAAGAAAUUUAAUAAGCGGAUUAAGUUCCUUAUCACCGAAGUGAAAGGAAUAGAGGAAGAGUUUAGUGGAGAAAUAAAGAACCUCAAGGCGGAUAAUGCUUCUUUACGCGAAGAAGUCAACAACACAACAACAACAACAAUAAUAACUGUUGAUGAUGGGAUGUACCAUCUCAAAUGUUUUGAAGAUGGGAUGAGUCAUCUCAAAGAUGACAUUUCUUCACUGCGGGGACAGAUGAAUCAGCUUAUAGUUGAGUUUCAGUCAAUGAAGGAAUUCGUUACUUCGAUCUGCCCUCUCGUAGGAGAGAAUGCUUCAUUGCAUGAGCAGGUGAAGCAACUUAGAAAGGAGAUCCAGGCAAUGAGGGACAAAAUCACUUCGGUGCAAAGCAAUGAAGAAGAAAAUUUGAAUUUGAAGGAGCUCCAUGCUGCGUUGAUCCAGGAUAUGAAUCCACUAAAGGAUGAAGCUAAUAUGACAAUUCAAAUCAUGGAAGUCCAACUUAGCGAUUUGCAAACUUAUGGAGUUGACAACCAUAAGGAUCGACAGGCCAUCAUCAAGAGUGGCAAAUUAAAUGAAAUGCUUAUAGAAAUAGUCGACGAUCGAGGUAGAUCGAAGCCUCUAUGGAAGUAUGAAGUGUUAUACAUCCCACCCAACGCGAGGGGCCAGCAUUGGUUCUUGGCUGUUGUUAAUCCGAAGAAGAGAGAUGUCACUUUGUAUGACAGCCCGAGUACCGAGUUGAAAGAGAACAAUGAGUUAAUUGUCGCAUGGAACUGGGAGAAGCCAUGGAGUUUGAAAAUAAUCAGUGACAGACUUGGGCAAGACAACUCAGAUGAUUGUGGCAUAUUCAUGUUGAAAAAUAUAAACUUCUUGAGCAGCAUGCGCAAAAUUGACUUGACGAAGGAGGACAUUACUAAAUUUCGAAAGACAAUUGCAUACGACUGUCUGAAGCUCAAGAAGGAUGUUUACGAUCUUCCUGAUGCUCGACGGCCUCCACAGAAAGUUCUAAAGACAUCUUCCGAACUCCAACAUUUCGACAAUAUCAACGGGCACCCAGCCAGCAGAAAAGAAACCAUUUCCUUUGGAGAUAUGCAGAUAGGGAAAUGGAAGCUUCACUGCGCAGCCGAUGUUUCUGUUAAUUCGGGAGAAGCUAAAGGCGAUGACUAA